CUAUAUGAACGCCUAGCUCCACAGUCCUUGUGUAAAAAUCUUUGAGAGCUAGAAAGAGAGGAAAAAAAAAAAGUCAUGGCAGAGAGUAACGUGAAGCUUUUGGGAGCAUGGCCGAGCCCUUUUGUUUUGAGAGCUCGGAUAGCUCUUAAUCUCAAACAUGUGAGCUACGAGUUUCUUGAAGAAAAUUUGGGAUCCAAAAGCGAGCUUCUUCUAAAAUCAAACCCAGUCCACAAGAAAAUCCCAGUUCUUAUUCACAAUGAUAAACCCAUUUGUGAAUCUCUGGUCAUUGUUGAAUACAUUGAUGAAGUUUGGACCUCUGGUCCUUCUAUUCUCCCUUCUGAUCCUUAUGACCGCGCCACUGCUCGGUUUUGGGCUGCCUAUGUUGAUGAAAAGUGGUUCCCAUCCAUGAAGGGCAUAGCAAUUGCUGACGGAGAAGAGGCAAAGAAAGCAGCAGUGGAUCAAGCAAUAGAAGUGCUUGUGCAGAUAGAGGAAGCAUUUGGAAAUUGUAGCAAAGGAAAGCCAUUCUUUAGUGGAGACCAAAUUGGGUACCUUGACAUUGCAUUCGGAUGUUUAUUGGCAUGGCUAAGGGUUUCAGAGAAAAUGAAUGGUAUAAAACUGCUAGACCAAGCCAAAACACCAGGUUUGGUGAAAUGGGCUGAGAGGUUUUCUGAAGACCCUGCUGUGAAAGGAGUUCUUCCUGAGACUGAUAAGCUUGUCGAGUUUGCUAAGAUCUUAUUUGCUAAAAUGAGAGGUACUCCUUCAGAGUGAUGUUGAAGAUAUAUAUAUAUAUAUAUAUAUAUAUGUAUGUAUGAUCCCAAAAAUUUCCCAAAUGGUGGCUUUGGGAAAACUAUAUUUAUUAUUAUAGGUCAAAAUUAUCAUCAUGCUUUUGUUUCUUCGUCUGGGACAUGGACAUUUUAUUAUUUGACGAUGUUUUAGUAUGAAAUAAAUUGAGCUUUCUAUGAA